UUUGUUAGUUCAUGUUCAGUUGACAUUCGUCUCCAGAAAGUUCGUGACGCGUUUUCGUUGUCUGUUUUGUUCGUUUUGUUGCAGUGAAUGUGAGGAAGGUAAGCGUGUUGCCUGCAGAGAGAAGCAAGGAAAUCCAACUACGCCAUAUUAUACAGUCAGCAGUUUGCUUAUAUUUUAGCCAUUGGCGACUGCUGCAAAUUCGUUCAAAACAAACGUUGAACUGAAAUUUUUGAAAGAAAGAAAAUGGCUACCCCCAUGGGAUAUGGAACGUUAUUGGAAUGUCCAUACAACAAAUCGCACCGAGUGCAGGCCACGGCCAUGGCCAGGCAUUUGUUCAAGUGCCGUAAGAUGCAUCCCAAUAUUGAAUUUGUGACGUGCCCUUUCAAUCAUGCCCACAAGGUGGCGGAGCCCGAGCUCAAAAUGCACACAGCCAACUGCGAAGACAGAGCCAACUUUGAUAUGUACAAAUACUGCAUCACGACGGCUGCGGCAACGCACAACUCGUCGGAAGCGCAGGAACCGGAACUGAUUUACAAUCAGGAAGAUCCGAUCGCACCGCAGAAGGUGCGCGACGAUGACGACGAGUGCUGGGACGAUUUACGUAUCCCCGCCUAUAAUCCGCAAGAAUACUGCGCCCAGGCUAAAAUCAUUCGAAAGGCUACCCUGAAGACACCCGCCGAAAAGCGGGCAUUUUAUGAGCAGGAAACGAAACGCCACAAAGAGCUGGAUGUUAAAAUUAAACAAGAAAAAGGCGAAGACGUUGAUGAGCCUAGUAAUAGACUACGGUCGCGUUCUCGUUCGCCGGUUCGCUCAAGAAGGCGCUCCCGUUCGCCGCUUCCCUUCCGGGGCCGCUCUCCCGAAUCUCGCCCUUCCCGUUCGAGACGUUCACGGUCGUCUUCCCGUGGGUCUCGUGCGGUCAAACGACGAUCGCCUUCACCUUCGGUGUCCCGUUCGCAUCGGUCGCGUUCCAACUCGAGAAAGUCGCGCUCUUUGUCCCCGAAUCGGGACCGCAAACGUCGCCGGUCCCCUUCGGUCGAACGGCAGCGCGUUAGGCGUUCGCCGUCCCCUCUGCCAGAUUAUCGUCGGGCCAUUGCUCGUCCCUCCGAGUAUGAUCGUUACGAGGAACGGGAACGUUACGCGCGGGCUGCUGCCUACGAACGGUAUGAUUAUCCACCGCGACCAUCUCGUUACGACCGAUACGAAUCGUACGUGCGCUAUCCGCAUUAUGAUUAUUCGAGCCGUUUUCCGGCGCGAAUCGAACGAGAUGUCCGUCGAGCAGUCUCUCGAGACCGGGAUGAUGACGAGUACAUCUAUCGUCGAGACUUUAGGGAGUAAAUUAUACAUUUUUUUUGUAACUAAGUUAAGCAAAACAAUUGUGACCUACCAUUUUUAAACUUUUGUUCGUAUUAUAAGGAUCUAAGUUGUAAUUCUUCAGACGAUGGCUAUACCGCCACACUUAUUGUGUAAAUUUAAGAUUUUUCUGCUUGUAAGAGAUAUUAUCUCUAUGCAUACUUACAGUAUGAACUCUAGUAACUAGAAGUCGAUUCACAUAAUAAAUGUUGCAUGCAAAA